AUAGCCAGUUUAUUAAAGCAAUAGCCCAAUGUUUCCUGAUCUGUGGCUUAUUGCUUCAACCAAUUCUUUUUUCUCUGACAUGACCUACUGUACGUUUUUAACUGAAUCAAUAAAGCAAGGCUACUCUAGGCACGCCUCUUCGGCCACCACAAUGCUCUCCACAGCUGUACUUGAACAGAACAGGGGUUUUAAGCUGCAGCAUGAGGCAAUUGCGCAAUCGGCGCAUGCUACACGGGACAUUUCCUACGUGUCAGCAGAACUGAGGCGAGAAGAGGAGCCGGGACCCCGUCCGUGCCACCAUGACAGAGUUCUGGAAGGAGCACUCUAAGGAGGCCACCGUGGAGGAGAUGAUGCUGGACUCCCACGCCAAAGAGCUGACUAAAGAGGAGCUGCCUGAGAUCCUCUCCCUGCUGCCCUGCAUGGCCGGAAAGAGGGUGCUAGAGCUGGGAGCUGGAAUUGGUCGCUUCACCAGCCACCUGCUGACCAAAGCCAACCAUGUGACUGCCGUCGACUUUAUGGAAAGUUUUGUGGCGAGGAACAAACAGGAUAAUGGUCACUAUAGCAACGCCACUUUCAUCCAGGCUGACGUCACAAAGCUGGACUUUCCCAAAAACAGCUUCGACAUUGUCUUUUCCAACUGGCUGAUGAUGUACCUGUGUGACGAGGAGCUGAAGUCCUUGAUAGAGAAGAUGCUGAGCUGGUUGGUGCCUGGAGGGUUCUUCUUCUUCAGGGAGUCUUGCAACCACCAGUCAGGUGAUUGUAAGAGGGACUUCAACCCCACCCACUACCGCACACAGGCACAAUACAGCCACCUGAUGACAUCAGCUCAGUGGGAGGAGCCACAGGGAGCAGAAAAGUUUGGGUUCGACAUAGUGCUAACAAAGAAAGUUCAGACCUAUGUAAAGAUGAAGAACAACCAGAAUCAGAUCUGCUGGCUGCUGGAGAAAGUUUCCCGCUCCUCUGCCACCCAGGGCGGCUUCACCACGUUCCAGCAGUUUCUGGACAACCAGCAGUACACCCGCCGUGGAAUCCUGCGCUAUGAGAAGAUGUUUGGGGCUGGAUACGUCAGCACCGGUGGGCCCAGCACGACCAAGGAGUUUGUGGACCUCCUGAACUUGAGGCCAGGCCAGAGGGUGCUGGACAUUGGCUGUGGAAUUGGUGGAGGAAACUUCUACAUGGCAAAGACAUUUGGCGUGGAGGUACUUGGCUUGGACUUGUCAGAAAACAUGGUUGACAUUGCAAUGGAGAGGGCGAUAGCUGAGAAGCUGCCAUUAGUCCACUUUGAAGUGGCCGAUGCCACCAAGCGGACAUUCCCAGAAGGCUCCUUUGAUGUGAUCUACAGCAGAGACACCAUCCUUCACAUAGCCGACAAGCUGGCCCUCUUCAAACGCUUCCAUUCAUGGUUGAAGCCUGGAGGCCAGCUGCUGAUCAGUGACUACUGCUGUGGGGAGAAGCCCUGGAUCCCUCAGUUCCAGGCCUAUGUCAAGCAGAGAGGCUAUAUCCUCUACACACCUGCACAGUAUGGCAAGUUCAUCGAGCAGGCUGGUUUCACCAACGUGCGAGCAGAGGACCGGACAGCUCAGUUCAUCCAGGUGAUUAAGACAGAGCUGGAGAGAGCAGAGGCCAUCAAGGAUGAGUUCAUUCAGGAGUUCUCUGAAGAGGACUAUUUAGCCAUCGUGAACGGAUGGAAAGACAAACUGCAGCGCUGCAACACUGGAGACCAACGAUGGGGACUCUUCCAUGCAACAAGAGACUGAGUGAUUUGCCGAGGACAAGGGGAGAUGAGAGAGGGAGUGUCCCUUCGCUGGAGCAGCAGUCUGUGUCUUGGUCUGUGUAGGACGCACUGCUAGACGUCUGACACUCUGAUGCAGAUUAGAACUUGAGAAAACGCCUCACAGUGAUUGUUUGUACAGCUGGAAAUGACAGAGGUGCUUAACUUCAAGUGAGGGGCUGUCACCGUGCCAGUCAUUCUCAAACUGCAUUUUACUCUUUACAAUAUCUUCCAGGAUUCUUUCCAACCAUUCAGGGGAUUCAGUCAACCUGACUGAAUAUGCUCAGCAAAGAUUUAUUGCCCGAAUUUAAGUGAAAUGAUUUGAAAUGAUUUGCCAAUAAAU